UCUAGAUUUUUCGUUUUGCAAUCCAAAUAUCUGCUCUUGCAAUAAUCGUAAAUAUUUUAUAGUUUAUUUUUUUUUUGUUUCGCAACCUUUUUAUUGGCAAUGAUAGUAUCCCUAAUUAGGUAGCAAUUUUUACUAUAUUAUCUAGUUAUGAACACAGUUACAACUUUUCUAGCGGCCAUUAGUAUCUUAAUUUGUACUACGCAAUAUAUAUCUACAGCUACAGAACAAAAUGUUACUCCGUUUUUGAAUAAAAGACUACAGAGUAACAUCAACAGCUUAUUUUACCAUUUAAAAAUUGACAAUAACUUCAGAAGAUCUUUCAAAAUAAAAGUGUUACUGAUAAUGUACGUUAACCUCAAUAAUGCAAUAGAAUAUAAUUGGAAAAUAUACUCUAAUUUAAGAAAGAAGGUAGCGAUACCUCGUAAUGUAACAGACAACCUUCUGUACAAUGUCGUCGAGGAAGCUUUACAUGACUACCAAGAAUAUUUAGACGUAACAGCAGAACUAAACAAAAGUAAAUCAAUAGAAUUCAUUAAGUCUACACAAGAUGAUGAAGAUGAAAAUUAUUUUAAAAAUACUACUAUCAACAAUACAGCGGUAUCUGCAACAACAAAUGACAGUAAUAUCAUAAAGAAGUUUGUAGAUAAUAUUGACAAACUUACCGUCCAUGAUAUAAUGGGCGAGCCGGUGAACAAAACAUAUCUUGAAAUUAACAAAGAGAGAAGAUAUAAAAUGCCAUUUAGGAGGAAUUUGCAGUUAAAGACCUGGGAUCCCAACGAAUUCAUCAACAGUACUAAUAAUAGAAGAAUGAACACGGCACAACUAGUGGAAAAGUAUCCGUUCAUAGCCAGUGUCCAUGUCCGGAACAAGUUCGCGUGCACUGGCUCCAUCAUCAGCAAGGAGGCGGUGUUAACUGCCGCGUCGUGCCUGAAAGAGGCAAAAAAUAUCCGAACAUUCCUGAAAACGACGCCGAACAUGAUCACUGUGCGGAUCGGAAGCGAUUUUGCUGACAAAUAUGGCGAAGUAGUGCCAGCUUUAGAUGUGAACAUCCAUCCUCAAUAUGAGCCGAGAACCAUGAAGAACAACUUGGCCAUCAUAAGACUGAAGUUGCAGAAACAUGCUUGGAAUCGACCGAAGAUUAGAAAGAUCCGAUUAGAUUCUCUCACUGACGAGAGGCGCAGUAUACAAGUUUUGGGAUAUGGUACUGGAAAAGGAGAUUCGAAGAAAAUCAAAUUAGAAGUUGGCAGUCUUGAUAUGUUUCCCAUGAACUCAUGCUCCAAUGUUUACACAAGGACGCUGUUUUCUACAGACAAUUUCUGCGCUGGUGUAAAAUCCAAAAGAACUGGUUCGACCAACUGUGGAGCAGGAGGCCCGGUGGUGUCCGGUGGUUACCUUGUGGGUAUUGUCAGCUACGGUCCCCCUGUGUGUAGCAAAGGAAGCGCGCCAUCUGUGUUUACGAAAAUUAGCCUUUACAUGGAGUGGAUCGUACUCGCCCUCCACCAGAAUUGGAAAACACAAAGUUCAGCUUUGCCCACAAGUUCUGGCGGAAAAUUUAAGUCAACCCGUAUGUACUACGAUGACGAUGAUCCCAAAUUAUGGACGAAGGCCAGUCGCGACCGGAAAAAAAAGUCAGGAAAACAAAAAAAGCACACAAGAGAAAAUGAAGUUAAAAAAAAAGUGUCUGAAGACAAGACGACAGUUGUAGACGAUGAGCAAAUAAAUAAUAGCAAUUCAUUUGUUGAUUUAACAUUGUUAAGAAAUAAAGGGAGCUCUCACUCUAAAACGAAAAAGUCUGUAAAAAAGAUAAAUAAAAAGGAACCAUUACUUGGUUCAGUAGUAGAUAUGGACACAAUAGUCAAGAUAGAAGCAGUAACACUUAAAAGUACUACUCCCACACCAAUUUAUUUAGAUGAUGACCAUCCUGUACAACUGGCAGUUAAUUAUUAUACAACUAAAUCCCGUUCAACACUGAAGAAAAAAUCUAAAAAGCAUAUACCUAGGUCUCACGUUGAUAUGUCGCAGGCAUUAAACUUGCUUAACAUGGCGAAAAAGCAAUUGGAAGAACCAAUUUCAGAGGAUAUUCCAACUUUAAGUACUUUAAAAUCCGUGUUUCUUUAUAAUCCGGGUAACAAUUACUUUGACGAAUCUGAAGUAGAGUUGGCGCGCGAGGGUAAGACCCGUAACGAGCCCUACUCCUUAGAAUCACUAUCUAUACUUGCCUACACAACAAAUCCUAUAACAACAACAAGCAAUGAGAAACAAGAAGCCUCAACGAGAUCAUACAACGAGAAUCAAUACGUUAACUUUCCAUAUGAACCAAGUGAGUCCUCUAGUGAACAAUCUAAUUUGGAAAUUGCUGCAGAAAAUAAUUUCGAAAUGGCUGCAGAAGAUAAUUUACAAAUAGUUGUAAAAAACAAUAAAAAAAUAUCUCUAAAACCUAACCUUAAAACAUAUGAUAACUUCGCUAAAAGUAAUAAAGAACAGAAAGGAUCAAACAUAAAACAACAAACAAAGAACAUAUCGGACGAAUUUUCUGAAGAAUCUGGCAAUAAAGACACUGAGGAAAAUACGGUCACUACAGAUGCUAAUAAAGAAGAAGGGACUCAUCAUUCUACAUCUGAAGAAGCGGCUACAAAUGUUGGAAAUGAUAAAUAUGAAAAAUUUACACGCAAAAUUCCCGAUAAUGAUAACACAGAGGAAACCGAUGAUGACGACGAAAAUAUAAAAGUUACCGCUAAAAAUGCUAUUACUGAUGAUCAGAAUGACGAAAUAACUUCUAAACAUCCUUCAAAGAAAAAUAAAGUUACAACAGAUGAUAGUGAUACUAAAGAAUCUUCAUCGAAGUCUGUAGAAAAUAAAAACACUUCUACCUCUGACGAAAGCAAAUCUUCUGAAGACGAAAAAUCUAUCCGUCAAAUUAAGCGUAACAAACAGGCAACCGAAAUAAAAGGAUUCAAUAUAUUAUUGACAACCCCACAUUUAAAUAAAUUCGUCCCCGAUAUCGGUUUACCAGAAGAUCUGCCGUACAAAAAGCUAGUGAAGCAAAACAGUGAAGAGGUUGAUUAUUAUAUCAAACAUAUGAUUGAUAAAAAUUCUGUAACUGUGUAUAACAUUUUGCGAACAAAAACUAAUAUUCCUCGAAUUUCGACUAGAGAAGUGAUAUGGGACGAUAUCAAAGAAUAUUUAGUGAAAAAUAAUUAUAACCAUAUAAGUGUCAAAUAAAAAUAUACAAUGUUCUAGUUGACUGACCUUCUACCCUAUUAAUUGUAAAAGAUAUAGCAUACUUGAAUCUAAAAUAUGUUUUGUCACUAUCGCACUUUACAACAUUUGGCGUUAUCAGAUCGAGACAAAACAUACUUUAGCUUAAAAUACAAUCGUCAAUAGUCAUUUAAACUGCUGGGGCACUGUCCGUCUUUACAGAUGGAUAAGGAGUUUGGGCCAAGACCCACCACGCGGACCAACGACUUUACGUGCCUUCCGAAGCACAUCUUUUUUUCAAUAAUAGGGCUAGUGUGCAUGUGUAAAUUAGUAAAAUGUUUUUAUAACCUAUAUAUUUAAUCAUAACAAUAAAUAAAUUUCCUAUGUGAUAAAACAAUUACUAU